AUGCCGGACGACAACGUUUCAGGCCCUCCCUUACCGGUGGCUAAAUCGAGACCAGUGAGCGAAGCUCUGUUGAACGAGAAGUGGGAUCGCGCAGUUUCGUCCUUGGUCAUCAGAUCCGCGCUCGGCUUUUCGUUCGGUGUCAUAUUCUCAGUACUGUUGUUCAAGAGAAGAGCGUGGCCAGUAUGGCUUGGAACCGGCUUCGGCGCCGGAAGAGCUUGGGAAGAAGCUGAUGCAAACUUCAAGAGAGGCGACACAUUCAACACGGACGGGCUACGAAAAGUACGGACCGAUAGGUAG